UUUUUAGAAUAAAAAUAAUCCCUUUCAGAGGACACCGCAUGUCUCCAAUGAUCACUUCAAACUCUACCCCUGACACCGAAGAAGAAAGACAAGGCUCAGAGAGGAACACCCUGCUAAAGCGCCACAUCGUGAAAUGGACUGGUAAAGAUUACAUAUUCCUGGUCCAGUGGAUGCUAAUUAAGUUCGGUCAUGGGAUUGAGAUCUACCUGCCCGGUAUCAUAACCCAGCAAGUUUCUUGUGAGAUGGACAUUUCCCCUCUUGGCGAGUCUGUCCUGGGGGUAAUUCUUUACGUUUUCAUGGCUCUAUCCACGUUAAUCUCCAUGCCCCUAGCUAAGAAGCUCGGUAAUAAGUUCGUGCUCUAUCUCUCACUUUACUCCUCAAUUAUUUUCGCUGUGGUAUGUGCGAUUGUUCCUAACUAUUGGACACUGUUAAUUUCCCGGGCACUCACUGGCAUCUGUGUUGGUUUAACUGCCGCAACAUCAGGGGUGUAUUUCACCCAGAAUGUGUCCUCUAUUGAAAUCGUUCCUACUGGAGCUUUUCUACAAGGAUUUGCCAUUGCCCUGGGAAGUACCUGGAUAGGUUUUCUAGGGUGGUGUCUGCUGGAUCUGAUAAAUUGGCGUGAGUUUAUUCUGUGUACCUCAAUCCCUUGGUUCAUACCGCCUAUAAUCAUACUGCACUGUAAUCUAGAAAAAUCGGACAGCCACGAAGAACAAUUAGACACUGAUUCUCGGAAAAAGGAGCAUUUUAAGGAGCCUACAGACUUUAACCUACGUUUAUGUAAAGGGAGUCUGUUUAUUGGUCUGCUAAUGGUGUUUGGGUACGGCAGUAUUCUUUUAGUACCAGAACUUAUGAAAUCCAACAAUUUCGAGAAUUCUGAGAGCCCGCUAAAUUCCACUAUAUUAGAAUAUGACCCCUGCCAGGGUGUGGUUCACGGAGCAGAGUAUCUCGUAAUAGCAGCUAUUUCCGGAGGCUCACAGUUCUUUGGACGUUACUUCGGGUUUCUUCUCCGGAAGUGCUUUAAGUUCAGAGUCCUUCAGUCAGUUAUAGGAGCACUCACUGCUAUAAGCUGUGCGGUCGUGUUGUUCAAACCAGGCUUGUGGGUUCAAUAUACCUGCAUGGGCAUUGCUAAAAUGGUUUACGGAAUGCAAUCCACAGAAUCCCUUAUCCUCCUGUUGGACGCUGAGUAUUUUGGCUCGGAUGGCCUAGCAGCAAGCAGCACCCUAAUGUUUACAGUUGCGUAUGUUGGUGGUAUCGGUGGGGUGGCUCUGGCGUCCUUCCUGAACCCUUACACAACUACCUUGCUGUGUGUUGUUUCCAGUUCACUGUUGGUGUGUGUUGUUCUGUCCAUGACUGGAGUACAGCACUGAAUCUGUUAUAUGAUUUGUUGAGUUUAAAUAUGUAGACGAGAGUCAGCACUAUAAUCAAAACUGAUAGUUUUUUUAAUUGUGAGAAAUAUGUAUUUUUAAAAGGAGUGAAAUAGAUAAUGAAACUGAGGGCUGAAGGUUCAUUUGUUAAUUGGGCUAGCCGCGAUAUAAAGGAAAACUCAAUUUAUUUACAAAUCUUUAUCAACAAUUACCAAGUUUAAUUUAUUUAAUAGAUAUGUAUUUAA